AACAAAAUAUGAAAUCAAAAGUGAAUUCAAUUGUGAAAUGCAUUUCAAAAGUGCUUUAAUUUAAUUGCAAUUAAAGUUUGAAACAAUGUUUUCAUUGAAAAGAUGGCAUCAAAUAAAGCAAAACGUUUGCAACAAAUACACGAUUUGACGGCAUUUAGCACUGAAUGCCACCAAUCGGUCGACACUUUGUUAACUGAUCUCAAUUGGCAACAAAACCAUGUCUUAAAUGCAACACUUCCUCCCAGUUCUCGCUUUUAUUACAGCCAUUGUCCGGAUGUGAGACCCGUUGUGGUGAUCGAUAAGCAAACUGAAGACACUAUAUUAGGCGAACCAAUAGGUGAUGACUUUGGUAGCCAUCGAUCGCGUAUUGAGUUAUCAUCUGAACAACGAUUAGCUCUUUAUUCGCACGUAAUUCACAAGACUAGAGACGACGAGUCGAUGAAUGCCUGCAAACAACACACCGACGAACAGUCGCUAAUCUCUCUGAGCAUUGAUUUGUUCAGUGAUGUGACGACAAAAUUAGACAAAAUUACAGACAAACAGAGCGAAGGAGGAGAGCAGUCGUCUUCUGUGAACAGACUUGAAAUGAUUGCUAUGAACAGGGAUUUGAAGAGAAGACGUCAAUCAUAUCGGUCUAAAAACGUUCACAUGAGAGGCAAGUCUUACACUGAGAUACUGAGCAAAGUUAUCGAAAACCAUUGCCAAACACUCGCGGCUGACGUCACCGACUAUUCAAAUGCUAAUUCAAACGCAAACAGUAGUGAAUCGUCGUCUCAUCGACACGAGAAACAAAGGACUCGUCAAACAAAUGAAACCAAACAUAAUAACUAUAAAAGCGAACAUAAAUACAGUAAAUACAGACAUAAAUCCCACGAAACAUAUAGACAUCGCAAACACUAAACUGUUGUCGCAAUUAAUUAAUAACAGCGGGAAAAAAAUUGUUGAUAAAUUGUAG